AUGGCUCUGGAGCUGGCGAGGCCGGUGGCCGAGAGGUUCAUCCAUUUUGUUAACAAAACAGGCUCACCCUACCACUCAGUCAAGGCUGUGAAAGAUAUCCUUAUCACUGCAGGCUUCUCGGAGCUUGACGAGAGGGGAAGCUGGAAAGUGACGCAAGGAGGCAAAUACUUUGUUACAAGGAAUGAUUCAUGCAUAGCUGCGUUUGUCGUUGGGGCAGCUUUUGGAUAUUCCGGCACUGGUGGCUUUUGCAUAACAGCAACGCACACCGACUCUCCCUGUUUGCGUCUGAGGCCGCGCGCCUUUGCGGAGAAAGAAGGGUAUCACAUGGGCGGCGUAGAAUGUUACGGCGGGGGCCUUUGGCACACGUGGUUUGAUAGGGGACUUGGCAUGGCUGGAAAGGUUGCCCUUCGCGUUGGGAACAAGGUGGAAGAGAGACUGCUUCAUAUAUCAAAGCCUUUGUUUUACCUGCCGAAUCUCGCGAUACACUUAAAAACAGCCGAGGAAAUUGGGGCAUUCACAAUCAACAAGGAGCAGCACCUGCAGCCGGUCUUGUGUUCGGCCAUAGCCGAGCAACUAAGCCAGGGCAACGAGGGCAAAGAACAGGACAAUAAAGAUGAGGCCCAGCGCCUGCCGCCUGCUCUAGAGCGUCUAGUCACGGAAGCGAUUGGAGUACCCAAAGCAAAGCUUCUAGAUUGGGAUUUUUGUCUAAUGGACUCCACGCCCAGCCGCCUGUCAGGUAUUCACUCGGAAUUCAUCGAGAGCCCGCGACUAGACAACCUGGCCUCGACCUUUGCCGCGUUUGAAGCGCUAAUAGAGACUAGCAGACGCCAUUGUGAAAGUAUAAAGGACGACAUUAUAAUGGCUGUAGCGUUUGAUCACGAAGAAGUCGGGCUCAUUUAUCUUCAUGCUGCCGCAUGGCUUAUCUGUUGGCUACUGCAGGGUGUCGUCAUAAAGGAAAACGCCAACCAGAGCUACGCUUCCAAUGCUUGCUCGAUGUCUUUCGUCCGCGUCAUUGCAGAAGACGCAGGAAUUCCCCUGCAAGACUUCGUUGUGCGUAAUGACAGCAGAUGCGGCGGUACCGUCGGGGCCAUGCUGAGUGCUCGCUUAGGGGUGCGCACAGUAGACAUCGGGAUACCCCAGUGGGCGAUGCAUUCAUGCAGGGAAAUAUGCGGUGUGACAGAUUUGAUGCACUUGCAAAAACUUAUCGAGGUCAGUAGACCACUUGUGACAUAG